AUGAAGUUUUCUCUCCUUUCUGCCAUCUUUGUCGGUCUUGCUGCCACCUUUGUUCUCGCUGAGGACGAGCCCCAUUAUUUCUUUUUCCCUAAUGAAGGUGCUGAAUUUUCUGUCACUGACCAAAUCACAUUUGCCAUGAAUGGAAUCACCAACGAUGCCGAUGAAACCAUUAUCGCCAAAUUAUUCAAUGCUGAGGAUGACAGCGAAGUCAAACAAAUUGGAUCCUACACCGGUGAUACUAUCGUUCGCCCUGAUGAUGACGAUGAAUGGACUUUCACCUGGGUCAUUGAUGUUGAACCUGGAACUUAUUAUGUUCGUCUCUAUGAGCAAGAUGCCGACGGUCAAAUUGAUGAUGACGACGAGUGGGAUAAUGAAAUCAUCAGUUAUGAUUUCCGUAUCAGAGAUUACUCUUCCAAGAGAAAGAGGGCCGCUUUGAAACGUUCUCAGAACAUGAAAAAGAGAGCUGCCGCAAAUGCUUUAAAAAAGGCCAGCUUGUAA